UUGCUGGCUGGUGCUUGGGUGGCACCCGAUUUCGAUCACCACGGCGCAACUGAGGCGCUGGUGGGGCGGGAUAAAUCCCACGAGGCAGAUCUGGGCUGGAUGGAGUAUCACGGGCUGCUGUUGGUGAAGUGUGGCCCGCUGAGGGAGGAGGCGGGGUGGGCUCAGCCACGGAUGGCCCAAUUGGGGAGCCCUGAUCCGCCGGAUGAGUGGGAGAAGGAAGGGUCUUCGCUGGGCUGGUGGAGGGCGAAUUAA